GUGAGACCUCCUCAUCUUCCGACCCAUCUGUGUAGUGGUGAGGGGCAGGAGCAAGAAGUUCACCUGACAGUCAGGAGAAGAGCUGCUGCUGUCACCACCUGCUCGUAAACGCAUCAGCUGUGAGGAGGUGCGAGCACCUGAACGCCUCCCCCCCCCGUCGUUAUUCAGAACUUCGUUAUUUUGAAGAUGCCGGUGCAGAUCCCGGACGACUCGGACUUUUCCUCCUUUAAGGACCAGUGUCUGAGCCUCGAUGGCUGGACCAGCCGCUACAGCAAAGGAGGAGUGACGGUGUGGUGUCGCGAGGAGGAGAGCAGGACGGUGCAGAAGCUGAAGAUGAGGAUCGUCUGUAAGGACGUUACCGCUGAGACGCUGUACGACGUCCUCCACGACACCAGUUACCGCAGGAAGUGGGACAGCAACAUGAUCGAGACGUAUGACAUCGGGAGGCUGACAGCCAAUGCAGAUGUGGGAUACUACUCCUGGAAGUGUCCGAGCCCGCUGAAGAACAGAGACUUUGUGACUAUGAGAUCUUGGCUUCCUCUCGGCAGCGACUACCUGAUCAUCAACUACUCCGUCAAGCAUCCGCAACACCCUCCCAAGAAGGACUACGUCCGAGCCGUGUCCCUGCAGACUGGAUACCUGAUCCAGCCUAACGGAGCUGGCUGUUCCACCCUCUACUACCUGACCCAGAUGGACCCACGAGGUUCGUUACCAAUGUGGGUGGUGAACCGUGUCUCUCAGUUUGUGGCUCCAAAGGCCAUGAGGAAGAUCUACAAGGCGUCUCUGAAGUACCCGGACUGGAAGAGGAAGCACAACCCGGGUUACAAGCCCUGGACCUUCCCGGAACAGAACCAGCUGCCCUGCGUCAGCCUCCAGGAGCUGAGCCUCCAGAGGGCCGACUCCCUGGAGAACAUCGACGAGAGUGGCCUGAGCGAGGACAGGAUGCACAACAGCGAGGACGAGGAGACCUGAGGGACUCAAACCUCAUUUGUUUUCUGUGGUUCUACACCCACAUGCUCGGUGUUCCCCCAUUACUGCAGAUUAAUAAAGACACCUGUUCAGGUGAAAC